AUGCAAAUCAAACAAUGCAAAUCAUUCAGGGAGAGGGCUAACGAGGUGAAGGAUGGCCUUGAGAAUGCUGUUCCUGGCAUCGCAGUGACUGUGAAUCCUGUUAAGCCAAGGCGUGGUUGCUUCGAGAUUCGAGAGGAAGGCGGUGAAACAUUUGUCAGUCUCUUGAGGUAUAUAGAAGAUGACUGUGACUUUCUUAUGCAGGACAUGAAGCGCCCAUUUACAGAGAUGAAGGAACUUAACAUGGAAGAGAACCCAGCAAAGCUAGCCACAAACCCAAGAACAAGGACCGCACCAAAGGUCAAACCGGGGUUAGAAGCAGAAGUAGGUGGUUCAGCUUCAUCAGCUGCAGCCAUCUUCUUCUUACCAGCGUUCUCUGGAGCUGGAGCAGGAGAACCAUCUUCCGAUGGAGCUGAUGCAGGUGCGGUUUCGGGAGCUGAACCAGGAGGAGCAUCUGCACAUUGGUGGUGGUGGAGGAACCUUAACCGGAGACCCGAGUCCAGGAGCCACAAUGGGCAUGCUGAUUUGAACCACAGAGAGAUUGUACGGGUUACGGAACACGGUCGUGAUGUACUCAGCGGUUUGAGGAGCGCCCUUCACAGCAGAGCCGAAGAAACCGUUUUGCUGCUGGCCCAAACCGGUGGAUUGGUAAAGGGAAGUGAGCAAUGUGCUCUUGUCCUUAAGAGCCUUGAGCUUGAGCUCAUCGUAGUAGUCAAGAACCACAUGGUUCAUGAGAAUGUUCUUGAGCUCCUCCUCGGGUCUAUCAGAGAUGGAUUUGAUUGCAUCGUUGCUAAGAGCCAACACGGUGAUGGUCUGACGUUUGUUGAUGAUCGGUGUGAGCUCGGUCUUGGCGAAAAGCUCGGUCAUGGGUAUUUCUCGAGUGCUCUGGUUAUGUUAACCGCUGAUACAAUGGAGGAGACACCGAGUAAGACGGCGAGACAGAGGAGAGAAGAGGAGGCCUUGAGACCCAUCUUUUUGGUAAAAGCUAAACCUCAAAGCCUGAGGAUUACGAUAUUGAGAUUUGUUUGGAGUCUUCAUAAGACUCAAAUACAUUAUAAGACGAUCAACACUUUCUUUUCUCCAAUUCACCAUAUGGCUUUCCAUCUUAAAAUUUCAAGUACAACAGUCAUGGUUAUGAGAAUUGAUCUUGAAAGACAUUGUUGGCAUUGUAGUUUCUCGGAUAAUAACAAAAACAUAGACCGUUGCAGCUCUGUUUUAAAAUGUUGCAGAUCUGGGCUUUGUCUUUAUUUCAGAUUGGGCUUGAUCUUCUUGGCCCAUCUUGUGGUUGCUAUAAGGUCCAGUAACAGAGCUGUAUCGUUUUGGACAGUCAAAUCUUUACUUCUUUUCAACACUCGGGCUCUCAUCGAAGAGGCGGAAGCAAAUCUGAGUCGAUCUCCCGAUCAUCGGGCUUCUCUAUGA